AUGACCAUUUUUGCCGGCGACAACGAUGCGAUACAGCUUCAGAGACUUGGAAAGCGGCCAGUGCUAAAGGAUCUUAAGGAUUAUGGCGCUGAUCCUGGAUCGUACCAGCGAAAUUCUGGCGUUCUCUCGAUUCUUGGAUUGAGUUGUACUAUUCUCGCAACCUGGGAAGGAUUACUUGAGUGA